UGCCUUUCUGGCUGGGUGCUGAGCGCAGACGUCGAGUGGACCAGGCUGAGGGGACUGCAGCUCCUUGAGAGCUACGGGUUCUCACGUUUGUCUUCUCCGCCUUCACUCGUCUGUGUCCAGAGCCGGUCUUUCAGUUUGCUUUGUCCAUAUGUUCACCAGAAUCACUGCUGCAUAGCUUGAACCUAGUAAAACUGAUUUUACAGAUGACACGGUUAAGUCAGACCUGCCAAGAAGUACGAUUUGAAUGAACUUUAAUUCAUACACCUUUUUAAAUUUAUUUAACCUAAGUUAUCAGAUGUCUGCCGUUAUUUGUAACCUAAGGGGCUAAUGACCCCAAAGGUGGGGGAUAAGAUCUCAAAUGCUCUGAGAUGCCAUUACUGUGUAAUUCUAUGUGUGAAAUCAUUCGCGUGCUGGCAAAAACCAGGAACUUUGCUGCCAUGCAGCAGACGACCAAAUUACUUCUUCGAGCUUUGAAGUGUAGUAUUCCUCACCUUGGCAAGUGCAUGCAGAAACAGAAUUACUGUAACUUCGCUGAUCACUAUUACAAUAGAAUAAGAUUGAAAAAAUAUCACCCAACCAAGAGUCUGCAGAAUAAACCCAAGAUAGCAGAAUUAGCAAGAAACAUCCCACAUCGGAACUUCUCAUGUAAGGAUCUUCUGCCUAUUAAGCCAGAAGCCGAAAAAUCUCUUUCUGAAAACAUGGAUGCAUUUGAAAAAGUGAGAACAAAAUUAGAAACACAGCCGCAAGAAGAAUACGAAAUCAUCAAUGCUGAGAUUAAGCAUGGUGGUUUUGUUUAUUACCAAGAAGGCUGCUGCUUGGUUCGUUCCAAAGAUGAAGAAGCAGACAGUGAUAAUUAUGAAGUUUUAUUCAACCUGGAAGAACUUAAAUUAGACCAGCCCUUCAUUGAUUGUAUCAGAGUUGCUCCCGAUGAGAAAUACGUGGCUGCCAAAAUAAGGACUGAGGAUUCUGAAAACUCCACCUGCAUAGUUGUGAAGCUCAGUGAUCAGCCUGUCAUGGAAGCUUCUUUCCCAAAUGUGUCCAGUUUUGAAUGGGUAAAGGAUGAAGAAGAUGAAGAUGUCUUAUUCUACACCUUCCAGAGGAAUCUUCGCUGCCAUGAUGCGUAUCGAGCCACAUUUGGGGACAACAAACGUAACGAGCGUUUCUACACAGAAAAAGACCCAAGCUAUUUUGUUUUCCUAUAUCUUACAAAAGACAGUCGUUUCCUCACCUUGAAUAUUAUGAACAAGACGACUUCUGAGGUGUGGUUGAUAGACGGCCUGAGCCCCUGGGACCCGCCAGUACUUAUCCAGAAGAGAAUACACGGUGUUCUUUACUAUGUUGAGCAUCGAGAUGAUGAAUUAUACAUCCUCACUAAUGUUGGAGAACCGACAGAAUUCAAGCUGAUGCGAACGGCAGCUGACGCCCCUGCUAUUAUGAACUGGGAUUUAUUUUUCACAAUGAAGAGAAAUACCAAGGUUGUAGACUUGGACAUGUUUAAGGACCACUGUGUUCUGUUCCUGAAACACAGCAAUCUGCUAUAUGUUAAUGUGAUUGGUCUGGCUGACGACUCAGUACGCUCUCUAAAGCUCCCUCCUUGGGCCUGUGGAUUUAUAAUGGAUACAAAUUCUGACCCAAAGAACUGCCCCUUCCAGCUUUGCUCUCCAAUAAGACCCCCAAAAUAUUACACCUACAAAUUUGCAGAAGGCAAACUGUUUGAGGAAACUGGUCAUGAAGAUCCCAUUACAAAGACUAGUCGUGUUUUGCGCAUAGAGGCCAAAAGCAAGGACGGAAAGUUAGUGCCAAUGACAAUUUUUCACAAAACGGAUUCUGAGGACUUGCAGAAGAAGCCCCUCUUGGUGCACGUCUAUGGAGCAUAUGGAAUGGAUCUGAAGAUGAAUUUCAGGCCUGAGAGGCGGGUGUUGGUGGAUGAUGGAUGGAUCUUGGCAUACUGCCAUGUUAGGGGAGGUGGUGAGUUGGGCCUCCAGUGGCAUGCUGAUGGCCGUCUAACUAAAAAACUCAAUGGCCUUGCUGACUUAGAGGCUUGCAUUAAGACGCUUCAUAGCCAAGGCUUUUCUCAGCCAAGUCUAACAACACUGAGUGCUUUCAGUGCUGGAGGGGUGCUUGUGGGAGCACUGUGCAAUUCUAAGCCAGAGCUCCUGAGAGCUGUGACUCUGGAGGCACCCUUCUUGGAUGUCCUCAACACCAUGAUGGACACCACACUUCCUCUGACACUGGAAGAGUUAGAAGAAUGGGGGAACCCUUCAUCUGAGGAGAAGCACAAGAACUACAUAAAACGCUACUGUCCCUGUCAAAACAUUAAACCUCAGCAUUACCCUUCAAUCCAUAUCACAGCCUAUGAAAAUGAUGAGCGAGUACCUCUGAAAGGAAUUGUAAGCUACACUGAGAAACUCCAGGAAGCCGUUGCAGAGCACACUAAGGAAGCUGGUGAAGGCUAUCAGCCCCCCAACAUCAUUUUAGAUAUUCAGCCUGGAGGGAAUCAUGUGAUUGAGGAUUCUCACAAAAAGAUUACAGCCCAGAUGAAAUUCCUGUAUGAGGAACUUGGACUUGACAGCACCAAUGCUUUCGAGAAUCUUAAGAAAUACCUAAAAUUCUGAACUGCUGCAUUUAGCUGGACUAGACACACGUGGAAAUAAUAACUAGUCUCAUUUCCAGUUGGUUUAGCAAAAGUGAGAUUUUUUUUUUAAGUUGUUUCUUUGUGUAAUUUUGCUUAACAUAUGUGUCACUUGUACUGUUCCCACCAGCACAAACCUCUUAGCAUUUCGGUCAU